AUGAGGUCAGCUGCGGUCGUGUCGGCGAUGGUGUUAGUCGCCGGCGUUGCGGCACAGACCGCAUCCACCACAUUCCCGGGGCGCUGCGAGACGACAAAAGACUGUGUGGAGACGUACGGGUCCAGCUACGCCUGCGUAUCUGUUGAUACGAGCGUUGCUGGUUUGGAGCAACUGAGCAUGUGCAUUCCGGGCGGACAAGUAUGCAGUGGUCGUAUCGCCGGACUCUGCCCCACUUUCAGCUCCUGGCCAUCCAAGUAUCGCGUCAUUCAGCCAGUCUGCGCCUUCUUGAAGGUCGACAACUGCAACCAGCAGUUCAACGUGACCGUGAAAAGUAGCGCUGGCAGCAAUGGCACCUGUUACCAGCGCAACUUCACGGUCAACAACGAGUACGUUGUGGUGAACGGCAUCUAUCAGUGCCUCGACAAGGCCAAGUACGUCACCAGCAACAGCGGUCACAUCAAGAACAUCACCGACACGGUAGUGAAGCAAUGCGGCUGGAACGCCACGAGCCAGACGCUUUGCAGCGGCCACGGCACUUGCUCGCCGCUCGUGGACUUCGCUCAGGACUACGAAUGCAAGUGCAACGCCGGCUACAACUCGUCUGACUUUUGCAACGCUGUGACUUCCAACGAGUGUAGCACUGUCUCUCAGUGCGGAACGAAGGGAACUUGUGGCUUUAAAGACGGGACCACGACGGGUGAGUGCACAUGUGCGGCAGGAGCCAAGGGCAAUCAGUGCCUGCUGUGCGAUGCCUCGGCGAGUUCUGAAGUUGUGUGCAACGAGCACGGCACAUGCGGCUCCGACGGUGUCUGCGCUUGCUCUUCAGACUACAAUGGCACCUUCUGUAGCGACUCGACUGGAACCAAGGGCUCCUCCUCCUCUCCGUCCGCAGCGACGACAGUGAAGAUGGCAAUUAGCACCAUUGCUACAGCUUUAAUUAUGGCUGUCUUCGCUUAAGCUUCUACCUUCAAGAACAGUGCAAUGGAAUGAAUUGCUUUACCUGAUCACUA